UUUUUUUUGUUUUUUAGUUUUAAAUUUCUAAAAAAUUUAAAAAAUUUUUUAGAAAUUUUUCAGAAAAAUUUUUUUCUAAAAUUUCCUGUCAAAAAAUUCAAUUUUCGCCCAAAAAUGGAAAAUUCAAUCAACGGCGACGUCAAAAACAUUUCUGGAAGGAAAACAACAAAUUCUGCACAGACCAACGGACAAACACACAUUCCAGCUUCAAAUCAUUCCUCGCCGGCCAGAAAUCCGUUAAAUAGCAAUUUGGGGGUAGCGAGGAGAAGACGAACUGUGAUUAAACGGGGAAAUGAGCCGCCAGCUGCUACGAGUUCUUCAAAUGCUUGGGACUCCCAUACUUGUCUUUCUGCAGAAGAAAAGUCUAGGCUUGAGGCUGUCCAAAGGGAGUGGCGUUUAAGUCGACCUAAAGCUAAACAGCAAUUGUGGUCCAAACAGUUCUCCACUGGCAGCGGCGCUCCUUCACCAGCCGAUACACUUGUUGGCACUCCCCCAACUGCAAUACCUUCUCCAAUAUUUCAACAGUUAAAUCUCGCAAAAUUGCCCGUUGUUUCCGAAGCCUUAAAACAAAAUGCGAUAGACUCGGUAGAUGCAAUAACCCCCAUAACUCUAAUUCCGGCAGCUGCUGUAGCUGAAAUUAAACAACAGGAAGAGGAGGAACGGAGAAAAUUGUCUGAGGAUUAUGAUGAGGACUAUGACGAGGAAAAACCGAUCGACAAAUCUCCGGAUGGUCGCUUCCUCAAAUUUGACGAAGAAUUGGGUCGUGGAUCGUUUAAAACUGUCUAUCGUGGUUUAGACACAGAAACAGGCGUAGCCGUCGCUUGGUGUGAAUUACAAGAACAAAAAUUAAGCAAGCCUGAAAGACAACGUUUUAGAGAUGAGGCUGAAAUGCUUAAAGGACUUCAACACCCAAACAUUGUCAAAUUUUAUGAUUAUUGGGAAAGGACAGAUGGAAAACGGAAGUAUAUUGUCCUAAUCACUGAAUUGAUGACUUCUGGGACUCUCAAACUUUAUUUGAAACGUUUUAAACGAAUUAAUGUCAAAGUUCUCAAAUCUUGGUGUCGUCAAAUACUCAAAGGCUUAUAUUUUUUGCAUACUCGUCAACCUCCUGUUAUUCAUAGAGACUUGAAAUGUGAUAAUAUUUUUAUUACUGGAACUACUGGAAGUGUAAAAAUUGGGGAUUUAGGUUUGCCAAAUAAAAUUUUUUUGAAAUUUAAAAUUGAUGGGGAAAUUUUUGGAAGGGGGGGGGGGCAGGGCUAUAGAGGGAAUAGGGCAUGGAGGGAGAGAAGGGGAUAGAGGGGGAUAGGAUUUAAAAUUCUUGGUAUGGGUAAAUUCUAUUUAGAAAAGGAGAUGGGGAAAGAUAAGGGAGUAGCCAGGGCGUCUUUUUCUAUAGCCCGUCUUGAAAUGUGUAAA